AUGACUGCUGAUGUGGCUUUGUUCCGCAAGUGGCCCUACGACAGCGUUAGCCUGUCUGACCUCUCCUUGGUCGACUGCAUCGCUAUCCAAGGGAAGGCGCGAGUAUUUACGCCGCAUACCGCCGGAAGGUAUCAGAAGAAGCGCUUCAGGAAAACCCUCUGUCCUAUUGUGGAACGCCUCGUCAACUCGAUGAUGAUGCACGGCAGGUAUUUGAAAAAUGAUGAUAUCAAUAGUUCAAAUGAGCUUUUCAAGCGAUGCAAUAGAUUUUCGCCCCUAUCUGAUUUCAAACUAUCGAACAAUGGCAAGAAGCUCAAGGCCAUUAGGAUUGUCAUGCAUGCCUUUGAAAUCAUCCAUCUUAUGACCGACCAGAACCCCAUUCAGGUCUUCGUAGAUGCGGUCAAAAAUGGUGGACCCAGGGAAGACUCCACCAGGAUCGGCUCAGCCGGUGUCGUGCGCAGACAGGCUGUCGACGUGUCCCCACUCAGGAGAGUCAACCAGGCCAUAUACCUUAUUUGCACGGGUGCGAGAAAUGCGGCAUUUAGAAACAUUAAGACCAUCGCUGAGUGCCUUGCUGACGAAAUCAUGAACUGUGCCAAAGAGUCCCCCAGCUCGUAUGCCAUCAAAAAGAAAGAUGAAAUAGAGCGUGUUGCCAAGGCCAACCGUUAA